UACACCCCCUUCACUUCAUUUAGACUGUCGCUUAGAGUGGAUAUACCGGGAAUGGGAUCUUCAGCGAGAGCUAAGAAAAACUUUAAAUUUUUCCGCGUUUAUGCCCUUCAGAGACUCCUCUUUAUCUUGCGGGAAUAAUUGGGAGCAAACAAAAACAAGCCAUUAUAUUCCAAUGUGAAAAAUCGUAGUAUACUUGUGAGUGUAAGAAGUUUCCUGAAAAGAAAUACGAAUGGGAUAAAUUCUGUAAACGAGAUUACAUAGCCUAAAAGAAAUUUUAAUAUUCGGAACCUUUCCCUAAAUCAAUUUUACAGAUUUUUCAAAUUAACUUAAAUAAAUAAAUUAAGAAUAAUCCUUUUUUAAAGCAAAUAAACAACCUUGCACUGAACAGCCUGAACCUGAACUGCGCGUUAAAGUGUUAAUUUAGGCAAAAAUCAAUUAUAGGGCCAUAGUCAGUGAUAUUGUAGAAGCAGAUUAUUCCUAAAGGAGUUGCGCGUGUGUAUGGAGAGAGGCGCGGACACCUGUGCGUAUUCACCAUGGCGAAGUGGUUUAAAGAUUUCCCAACUAGUUUGAAGACUGGAUCCGACCGCAUCCGUUCUGCUUCGGAAUCGGGAACUCAGUCCCGUCCCAAACCUAUUCUGACUGUCGGUACUGGUUCGAAGGGGAGUCUGCGUAAAAAUUCUGGAGCGGAAAACGGUGGCGGUGGUGGUGGUGUGGGUUCGCUUCUUCACGGGAGAAAUCGUAAAAAUUCGGCCAUCGAGCUGGGACGGAACCACUCCAGCCCCGGCUCGAUAAAAGACGGGAAGAUAUGGGAAAUUCUGAUCCCUGGGAAAAGUAAGAAACACACCAAAAUGGAGGGGUUUGAAGACCAUCGCACCCUGCGGACCACCAGUCUUGCUGACGCGUACAUGAGCAGAAUGAUCAAGGUUAAUGAUCCAAAAUCCAGUGCAGGAGGAUCAUCUCCAGACAGCGAGAGGGCCAAGUCACCAAUCAGAACAGAAACGAUCAUCCUGGAGGACUAUGCUGACCCAUUUGAUGCUGAGAAAACGAGGGAACAGAGAGAGGCUGAAAGAGAAGGAGAGAAUGAUGGUUACAUGGAACCUUAUGAUGCCCAGCUCAUUAUUACAGAGAUUCGCCGACGAGGCUCGAAGGACUUGUUGAAAGUGUGUGUGGUGUUGAAUGGAGGAGAAAGUGAAGGUUCUGGACCCCCUCAGAUCUAUGAUGUCCCAUAUGAGGAGGUUCUGGAGGGAAUCCCCUUGACCCGACCUGAGUCUGACCCCAGACCACCGGCAGAGUAUGAGCUGCCCUGGGAGUGGAAGAAGGAACAGAUUAUUAGAGCGCUGUCAGCUCAGUUUGAUGGAAUAGACCGCAUGUCGAAGGAAGAAUCAGGUUCUCCUACUGUAAAACAGCAGACACUGAGACAUAAGAGCUGGACCCCUAAAACUCUUCGGCCGAAUCCCCCGUCCCCGACUUCCCCUUCAUCUCCCAGCACCACCCCAGACAUUGAGACACCAAUAGUUGAUCCCACCCUGCCCUUGGAGAAACAGAGCUGGUAUCAUGGCAGUGUGAGUCGUCAGGAGGCGGAGGCUCAGCUGCAGCACUGUAGGGAGGCCAGCUUCCUGGUGCGAGACAGCGAAUCAGCUACCAGCAAAUACUCCAUCGCCCUCAAGACGAGUCAAGGGUGCGUGCACAUCAUCGUAGCGCAGACUAAAGACUGUGGCUACACACUGGAAAAGAGCAGCUGUGUGUUCCCAAGCAUCCCAGAAGUGGUUCACCACUACUGUACCCAGCGCCUACCUUUCACCGGGGCAGAACACAUGACCCUGCAGCACCCCGUGCCACGCACACACUAAACCACCCACACAAACACAUGCUGAACUUAUACAUAUUCACAGCAUUCUCUGGUGCAAAGAUGUGAAUGUACAAUACCAUGGAGCCUGCCAAUAACAAGCCAGCAAAGCACAGCUUAAAACUCUUUGUCUUACUGUAUGUAUGUAGAUGUGCGCAUGGAAAGGAAUAAGUGAACAAGUGGAACUUGUGUUUGUGCUCCUUUGAAAACAGGGUUUUCCUCACAUACGACACUAGAAAGGCCAAAGGAGGAAAUGUAUUUCAAAGAAACUGUAGUUUAAACGCAACAGUUUACGUAAUGCGUAUCUGUUGCAUACUUUUGAUGUGUUAUUUCCUCAUCCCUUGUUUGAGUGUGCUGGGACUGCGGCCUCAUAAGUUCAUUCCCAAUCAUUUUACUCAUCUAAUUUUGUGCCUGAAGGAGUGACUCACUUCUAAAUUCUUCCUGCUGGCAGCAGCGGUUAACUGCAACAGUAUCAGUCCAUUGUGCUACUUUCCCUGAAGAGACACACAUUUUACUCCCUUUAACAAUGCGUUUAAGUGGCCAGAAUCUGCACAGUUGAUAUUUUUAGGAUCCGUAGUGUAGAUUUAGUUUUGAAUUAGAGCUGAAUUCUCGUAUUAUUUUUUCUAACUUCACCACACAUUGGCAGUUCCUGGAUAGCUGAGGUUAGAUCGUUAGUUCGGAUCAAUAUAGCAAAUUGAAGCUGGCUCGUUCAUCAGAUAAAUGAGUCAUUGCCGUUGAUUGGCUAAUGUUCUUGUCUGUACGUGAUAAAACUUUCUAUUGAUUGGUUUGAGUUUGGGAAUAGUGGGAUGUCGAAUGGAUUUACUAAACAUGCAGUCAUACUUGGAUUAAUGGCGUACCGAAUGUGGCAUCACUGUCUUGGUGAUGGGAAGUUACGUUUAAAUGUAUGUCUUUUUGUUUAAAGGUAACAGGUUCCGUUUUAAUCUUAAAGGAUGCUAAAUUUGAUUAUUGUUUAAUCUGUAUGAGAGAAAUGUGAUGGGAAAAAUGCAUGUUCACUGAAGAUUUUGCCUUUGUACAAUGUUAGACUGUGCAAAGCCUGAAAUAAAGCAGAUAGUGUAAAAUUU